CAACGUAGUUGUGCGCGCUGGUCCUAAGCUGGGCACCUUGAAAUAGAUUUGGCUCCACUUGGAUCUCAUGCUUUAGUCUCCUCAAAGUCUGACCUUCCUUCUUGCACAGCCCUUUCACCUCAAUGGUCUUAGCAGGCCUGUAAUGGCGGGGUGGUCGUAUAUUUCCAUGUUUGAAGUUUGGCACUGGCAUGUAAUGUCUCUGAGCUCAACACUUCCAAUAUUUGAUGACACACAGAUGCGAGAGGAUGUGUUUCGUUUGCACUUUAGGAUUCAAAAGUCUCCAUUCUUCUGGUUUUCGAUUCCAGUUGCAUUCGUAGGCUACAAGAACUACGGAAUCUAGUCAAUAGUACUCGAACUGACAUUCAUCACAGGAGAAUGUUGAAGACGCGAAAAAUAGGAAAUGUAGAUGCCAUUGUAUCCUAACAGCAGAUAUCAUUUCAGUAGCGCUUGUCUUCUGACAUUACAUGAAAUGAUGAACCAAGUGGAAAAGGCUCGAAAAUCGUUUUUAAAACUCGCAUGGAAUGAACAGCUGGGACAUUGGUUCCUUUUGCAUCAUCCUCUUUUUCGCAUCCUCUCAUCUGGCACUCCUUUAGACAGUUUGUAGACCCCACGUUCAAAGCUCAAUUUCCCUCCGUAUAUGGAGGUCUACGUAUACCACCAUAUACGCCAGGAGUAAUCUGAAAAGGAAUUUCUUAGGAAGAGUUUUCUAAGAUUUUCCUCCAUGUCCGGAGAAGGAACGUAACAAAAAGUUCUUGAGUUUCUUAUGGAAUAUCAAAGUCACAUAUUCAGCACUUCCAAGUGCUCCUCUAAAGUGAACGGAAACAUCGACCUCGAAAUGGAUCUGAAGGUUCAAACCAUCAGCUGGAAAGCUCAAUAUGAUAAUCUCUUGGCUGAGUACAGAGCGUUACAGAAAGAAGGGAGCGAUAGAAAACUAUGGAAGGAGAUCAACGGAAAUAGGAUCUCACGUGCGGAGAAUACGGGCAGAAACGCCACCCUGCCACUCAUCGGCUAUGACCUUGAAAAUGGAAGCUCUUUAUACACGGGCGUGUCCUUGCCAAUCCCCGGACAGAGCAAGUGCAUUGGUGGCAGUACCCAUUCUAUCGGGUCUUCCCUGCCUCAAGCUUCACCCCUUCUGUCACCAACUUUCUCUAAUCCUGAAGAGAGGAUGCAACCUUUGCAGCUAGCAGGUGACUUCGAAUCUCCAGGAGAAAAAGAUAAUGCCAAAGUAGCGAGUCUGCAAGAAGAAAAUCGAUGCUUGAGAGGAAGCGUUCAGAAUCUGAAGGAGCAAAAUGAGCGCAUUCGAGCAGUUGUUGGUGUGUGAGCAACCUCUAGGACCAUGCGCAAGGAGAUGGAAGCACUGCAGCGAACAACUUUGGAGGGAGCAUCGCAAUCGAAGGCUUCUGCCGUGAGCCCUGAAAAGGGAGAUAUAGAGAAGAUGAGGAAGAUCAGAGACGAGGUGAGCACAUUGAUGCAGCAGAUUGUCAGUAUGGCAUCUGAGCUCCAACAGGGCCAGCAGAUGCCACCAAAAAUGUUUGUUGAUCAGCAAACCGUCAAGCAUCCUCAAAAUACAGAGCAAGAAGCUACAACGGGGAAGGACGAGAGGGAUCCGACCUCCAAAAGGGAAGUGGAUUAUUGCAGCGCUCCGUACGACCUCAAGGAGGCGGCGGCUAAAAUUGCAGAGCUGGAAAGAGUUCAAUACGUGCUGCGAACACAGCUGGGCAGAGCUGCUGAGGACGUGAUGAGAAUGGCCAACGAGAGGGAUCUACUGAUGGAAAUCAGCAACUCUCUUCAUGCUGACUUUAACAGGUCUCUCCAACAGGAAAAGAUCAAGCAGUCUGCACCAACUACUGGGCAUCAUCACAACCUCAGUCCGCAGAUUUGUCAUAAGGAUUCGUCUCUCGAACAACGAAGAAGAGUAGCCAGCACUCAUCCACAUCGUUCCAGGGAAAGUCCACCUCGCCCCACUUCAGUUCCUCAGAUUUCUUCAGGGAGGAUAGGCGGCCAGGGACAUUCACCACACAAACAGGUAUGGAUCAAUAAUCAUGGAAGUGUGAGAGGCUACAGGAAAGAUUCGGAGAACUCCACGGACAGAGACUCUAGAUACGUGUUUCUAAACGAGGAAACCGAGCAAGAAAAAGAGGAAAGGCGUUUACUUCUAGAGGGAAGGAUGACACCCCUCCAGGAAAGACCAGAGGUGCAACCAGAUUUCGUCCACAAGGGCACUCCGAGUCAACGAUCAAAGCUGCAAGCAUCUGUCAAGCGUCGGGAGGUUCACAUGGCCAAUCGCGUAAAAGUCAGGAACUACAACAUAAAGGAUGACCCACAGUAGAUAUUUCCGAGCUCUCUAUUUGAGAACCUGACGUGAAAUCGGAUCUCGCGAAACAAUUACGACCCUUACUUUCGAGGGUCAUUUUCUAUUAAGCUCAAUCAAGCGAUUACUCGUCCAGUUCAUAUUUCAUGGAUGGACCAUAGCCCGGAGAAGCAGAUUCGCGCAGCCAUGAAGGGAAAUAAGUAAACCAUGUAAAUUUGCACUGUCACUACAGUAGCUGCCAGAGAUCAGAUUCCGAAAGUACGUUUGGAAGAGCUGUGAGGUUCACAACUUGUGGAGACGUGGUUUCCAGUUGUAUUUAAUUCAUACGAUGUAGAACUCAUAAACGGUGUAAAUCACAAGCUGUGAGUUACGGUGGUCGCGAUUCCACGGCUGCAAACUGGGAACAGUGUCUAUGGUGAAUCGUGUUGAACCAUGGAAUGUGGACAGGGGUCCUUCAUGGUUAGGAGUGAGUUACGCUUGAGUCACUUCGAUGAUGACGACGAGGUGAAAGAGUUCCCUAGCCAUACAAGUUGCACUGGAUUUUACUUGAAUCCAAGUCAAGGCUUCCCUCGUCUGCCGUGUGAUCAAAAGGUGAUUCCAAGUGUUGAUUCAGCAGAUCUGAACACGAGAACAAGGAACAAAAGAUUUCGAAGAAUCAAUUUAUUCCUUGCAGACCUACUUUUUGUUGCUUUCCAAGCGGUCAAUGUGGAAGAGGCGAGGAAACGUC